CUACAAAACAACAUAACCUACAAAAACGAAAUAAGUGCAGAAAGUAAAUAAUAUAAUACCUACCUAAGAAUGGACAAAGAUAAUUUACAGUUGAACAUUAAGAUGUCAUUAGAAGUAAUACGCACUUACGAAUGGCUAUUGGAUUUAUUCGUUUUGGAUUUCUUCGUUGAUGACCAUUGGAAUAAACUACCGCUGUCAUGGCAAAGAAGCUUCCAAGACAUGGAUCCUGCUGACCUAGGAAAACUCUUGGUUGGACUGCCAACCAAACAUAUGCUGCCACUUUCUUUCAUAGCCCUGUUAAACACCGUAAAAGCUCUUACAAUACCACGGCAAACCCAGUCUAACUCAUAUGAAAAUAACCCUAACAUUGAUGAUACAACAGAAUUUAAUUGUGGAAACCACCCAAGAUUGAAAAAUCUGUUUCUAAAACAUGUCAAGUUAAAGAAGAGGCAUGAAAUAAGUGUGAUGGCUGAUGUAGUCAAUGCUGUCGCCACUAGGACCCACUGUAGAUCUGUAAUAGACUUCGGGUCUGGCCUCGGCCACUUGGUGAGGGUGUUGGCAUACAAAUAUGACAUCUAUGUGGCUGGAAUUGAGUGCCAGAGUCAAUUGACUGACGAAGCUAGAAAACUGGACAAGGAACUUGAAUACACAGCCAAAAAACACCUUUCAGAAGACGCAAUAUCUAAACUGAAACAACCUGUGCAUUUAAAUGUGCGACUGUCAACAGAAGAUCAGUUGCACCACCUAGUGCUUCCAGAAACUAUGACCAACUAUGGACUAAUAGGCCUCCAUCCCUGUGGUGACUUGGGACCGCUACUUCUGAAGCAUUUUGUCAAAAAUCCUCAUGUAAAAUUCAUAUGUGUAGUGGGAUGUUGUUUCAUGAAACUAACCAAUGAGGGGUAUCCAAUGAGUGAAUAUGUUAAAACUUUGGACCACCAUUUGUCAUACACAAUGACUGAAAUAUCUUGCCAUGCCAUUGAAGUCUACUGUGAGAGGCUUAUUAAAGGACAGUAUGAGGAUUUAAAGAUUCAUGCCUUCAGAGCAGCAUUGGAAAGAGUGCUGGUUGGAUUAGAUCCAAAGCUUCACCAUGCUCCAGUCAGAAGCAUCAAGCACUCAAAGAACAUGGAUUUCAAAGGCUACUGCCAGAUGGCGCUGCAACGUCUCAACAUCCCCGUGCCCAGUUCCCAAGAGGUGUUGUCACAAGCAGAGCGGGACCUGGCUCAGUGGCGCCGCGUGGUGGCAGUAUACACGCUGAGACUUGCUCUCGCGCCGCUAGUCGAGACGGUGGUCUUGUAUGACAGGGUGCUGUACGUUUUGGAACAUGGUUUGUCCUGUGACAUCAGAGCUGUAUUUGAUCCGAAGUUAUCUCCUAGAAACCAUGUAAUUGUAGGCGAACGGUAAAUAUAUUAUGUACCUAUGUAUGUAGUUGUGAGUUAUUUCUUUAAUACAAAUUUUGUUAGAAAAUAUUA